AUGGUCGUUCAGACGAAUCUUGAUGGUGAUUCCGGUUACAAGAGGGAGAAUGUUGAAACGCAACUGGAAGACGAUGUUGUCAGACUGAGGGUGAAGGACGAGAAAAAAUAUGGCCAGGGAGGGUGUGGAGAGACUCCCGUGGAGUCGGAGCAUGCGGCAGCCGCAGCUGAAGUGAAAGCCUCUCAGCAGCUCGUGAACCCUGAGACGAAGAAGAGCUGGCAACUAGCUGAUUUUGACAUCGGCAAGCCUCUUGGGCGCGGAAAGUUUGGAAACGUGUACCUUGCCAGGGAGAAACGGACUAACUACCUGGUCGCGCUCAAGGUUCUCUUCAAAGCUCAGCUCUCCAAGGCCAAGGUAGAGCACCAGCUCAGGAGAGAGAUCGAGAUUCAGUCCCACCUGAGGCACAACAACAUCCUGCGGCUCUACGGCUACUUUUACGACCAGAGCCGCGUCUACCUCAUCCUUGAGUACGCCUCCAAGGGUGAAGUCUACAAGGAGCUACAGAAGUCCAAGGUCUUCCCGGAGGACCGCGCUGCGUACUACAUCGGAUGUCUUGCUGGAGCUCUGGCGUACUGCCACAAGAAGAAUGUGAUUCACCGCGAUAUCAAGCCGGAGAAUCUUCUCAUCGACAGCAAAGGGGAGGUCAAGAUCGCGGACUUCGGCUGGUCCGUCCAUGCUCCCAUCUCCAAGCGCCACACGCUGUGCGGUACCUUGGACUAUCUCCCACCAGAGAUGGUGGAGGGUCAGGCGCAUGACAAGGCGGUGGACAUCUGGUCGCUCGGAGUUCUGUGCUACGAGUUCCUGGUCGGGAGCCCUCCCUUCGAGUCGCAAGGCCACAGCGAGACAUACAAGAGGAUCGCCAAGGUGGACCUCAAGUAUCCCUCCACGCUGUCGGAGGACGCGAGGGACCUAAUCUCCAAGCUGCUCGUCAAGGAGCCAGACCAGAGACUGAGCCUCGACAAGGUUCUAGAGCACCCCUUCAUCCUCAAGGGCCAGGAGUACAAGAAGACCCUCGAGGUAGGCGGGCUCUACCCCCAGCGACCCUCCAGCUGA